AUGGUCGGUGUUACUAGUGGUGUUGUUGUUUGUGGUGAUGAUGUUGCGGGGGUGGUACUAGUUUCUGAUUUAUUCGGUGCCAAGACGACGAAGUUUAACAACAAAGCAAGAAUAACAGCAAAAACUAUUAAAAUAGUAACGAAAAUGCCGAUUAUUUUGAACCAACGAAUAUUUUCGAUAUUACUUUAUAUAUUCAUAAUAAUUCUUAUUAUACUAUGUUUAAUUAUCUAUAUUAAAUUAAUUCGUCCUGAAAAACUUGUCUAUGAUAAAUUUCGUGCACAAGGAAUUACUGGUGAACCCUUUAUACCAUUACUUGGUCAAAUUCCUGAUUUACAUCGUUAUCGAGAAGCUGAUAAAUUGAUGAAUUAUUAUGGAGAUCUUGUUGAAAAACAUGGUCAUGUUCUUCUAUAUAGUUUUGGUCCAGUUGUACGUUUAUUAGUAAAUGAACCUGAUAUGCUUGCUGAUGUUCUCAGUCGACAAAAUUCAAAAAAUUAUAUAAAACCAGUAAUAGCUACGACAAUUUUUGCACCAGUUAUUGGUUAUCAUAAUUUAUUAGUAGCUGAAGGUUCUGAACAUGAACGAGCACGUCGAAUGAUAAAUCCAGCAUUUUAUCACACAAAUUUAAAAUCUAUGAUUUCAAUUAUUGGUGAUCGAACAAAAAAAACUAUUGAGAAAAUUCUUAAUAAAAAAAGAGAUUCUGAAGAAAUUGAUUUACAAAAUUUAUUUAAUACAUUAACAUUAUCAAUUAUUGUAUCGAGUGCAUUUGGUGCAGAUUUUGAAACAAAUACAAAUGCAAAAGAUAUUAUGUGUCAUGUAUUAGCCGAAGUACUUGAUGCUGUCUUAUAUCGUUCAUUACGUAUGAUUAAUCAAAUACCUUUUCUUUCAAAAUUACCUUUUUGGAAAAAAAAUAUUCUUGAUAAUGGUGCUGAAACUAUUGCAAAAUUUGUUGAUUAA